AUGGGAUGUAGGACUUGCGCUUUGGAUGUAAAUAUGACGUCCAAAUCCCGCGCUGCGCAAGAGCAACUUGCGCUGUUGGAGAAGCAAGCCGCACCCUUUGAGGACCAACUUGUGGAAGCUGCGAAGUUCAUUGGGCUGGGUUUGGAUACGGUCUGCCAGUCUUCGAAAGCUGGAAGUUCUGGCGGCGAAGAGGAGGAAAGAGUCGUUUCAUACUAUGGCAGAGAAGAAUGGCUCCUAAGGUGGCUCUUGAAGAGACUACAAGCUCCAAGUGAUAAUAUUCCCAGGAGAACUCCUCAAUCAUGGAGGCUGUUGUGCUUUCUACUGCGGAGUAUACCUUUGAGAAGUGCUGCCCGCAUACUGGUCGAACGACAGUUUCUCUCGAUCGUACGGCGCAGUCUGGAGGAAGCACAGAAGUCUGCAAGCAACACUGCACAGGCAAAAUCAAAUUCGGAGCCCGGCGCGACCGAAAAAGAUACAGUGAAGGCUUCGAAGAAGAGAAGAAGGUCUGGAGAGCUGGUGACAGAAUCUAGCCCCUCUGAGACCAGCUCGGUACCGAGCCUACUUGACGCCAUAUUCUCCGCAUUGAACUGCGUGGUACAGAAUACGACAGCUAUAUCACAUACCCUGGACCAGGAACGGUCUUCCGUAUUUUCAGCAGAGUAUAUGAAGACGGUUAUCAGGACCACUACUGAAGAAGCAGCUACUAUUCUGGGAUUGUGGCUUUCGCUGUGCCAUGCUGCUCAUCAGCAGGGUGGUGGCACCGUUUCCACCGAAGCAUGGCUCUCUCCAUUCGUAGAAGUCUGGAAUUCACACAUUACAGAGGAUGCACCUCAUCUCCAAUUCUCACUUCAUGCCACACGACCUCUAUUGAACCUUCUUCGAUGCUCAAAGGAUGACAAGUUUCCAGCGUCCUGGCUCGAGCAGUUAGAGAUUCUGGUGGCACGUAAUAUCGUGAUACCAGCCAAAGCUGAUAAGUCGCUAUUUGAAACCUUGACGAAAGCAUCUGUACUGCAAAACACAGACAAUGCACCGUUACUGUUCGGCAUAGCCAUUCGGUCCGUUCCCCCAACUGGUUCUGCCAGAAGACGGAAGGCCCCAGAUGAGAAGUUCUUACAGUCUGUUUUUGGUUCGCUGAAGGCUUCGAUAUCAUAUGUUAAAGGGGAUAAUGGAAAGCAGAUGUGUGAAAUGAUACAACUGGCAAUCAACCACAAAAUAGACCUGGAUCUUACGGUGUUGCGAGAGAUCACCUCUGAAUGUGCAAUGGCGGAUUGGGACCUUCUGGCUACCAUCAUCGAGCUGGAUGCAAAUGUGUUUCUUCUGGGUGAAGGCACAGUUCUACUGGAGCAGCUUCUGGAGGCCAUAACUAAAGCCUCAUUAUCUGAGACAUGGUCGGAUAAUCAAGAAAAGGUUGUCUCAGCAGUGCUGGUACCGCUCAUGCGGGAGUUCGCCAAAGCCCGCGACCUCUCAGGCUUCAUUCGGCACUGGUUCUCACAGAUCGUUGCCUACGAAGCACUGCGAGAUGGAGCUGAUGUGGCUCUGUUCAGCGCUUGGGAGGACGAAACCCUCCGAAGUGAACUCCAGAAGCUCAUGGAGCCGUCGCUGAACGUUUCCCAGAUUGUCAAGAUCCUAGACUGGCUAUCUGAAGAGGUUUCGGAACAUCCGAAUGCAGUUUGCGUCAUUCUGGAGGCCAUUGCUGGAUCCGUCUCUGGAGAAGAGCAGGUGGUUGAUGCUAUCAACUCCCGGUUGUACCACAUCAUGUUUGAUGACGAAGCUGCAAAAAAGCUCUGUUUGAGGUAUAGAUGGCGGUCAUGGAGGAUCAUUUCUCGUACUCUAAGCUGGAUUCAGAUGGGAGAUUUGAACAAGCUUGCCUCGCUCUGGGAGAAGCAGGCGAAACCGUUCGACUCGCUAUUGAAGUUCUCCAAGUCCGAGAGCAUUCUCAAGUGCAAGCCCAAAGAGAGCAGAGGUCUGGAGUCCCUCGAAAUAUUCAGGUUCACAUGUUCAUCAUGGACUGCUGCCACAAAACAGAGAAGGUCUAUUGUUACACUACAGUCGUUGGAUAAACCAAUCAUCCUUGGUCUUCUGCGAGCUCUAGCCAAAGACGUGACUCAGCUCGUAGUCGAACUUCAGGCCAACAAAGAUCUCGGGACUGAAAAUUGUGGCUCGAAGCAGAAUUCUUUGCAAAGAGCCAAAGGAUGGAUGACUUGGGCGCUUAUCCGAUGUCUGUUCAUUGAACAUCCCGACGUGCUUGUACUUUUCCUUGAAUCGGAAGAGCAGCUCCUUGCAGCAAUGCUGGAACAAAUUUUCUGGAUAGCAUCGGCAACUUAUUCAGAUAAUAAGGUUACUUCAGCUAGCAGCUGGCUUCACAGUAACCCAGAAGCUUUUCAAGAAGUUUGGAGACUGUCUUUACGUGGAGGAGUCUCGACUUUAAGAAGUGACAUUCCGGACAACAUCAACAACCCCAUUUUCACCCAUAAGUCACUCAAUAAACUUUUUGUUAAGACGGUUCUGGAUCACGAAUCGAACCUCAGCAACCCUUUGCUCAAAUUUCAAGGCAACAAUGCAUUUGCCAUUUGUAGUCUCAAUGACUUGACUGUUGAUGAGAUUCCCAAGGACUUCAGAGGCAGGAUUAUGUCGAGCUGGCUGCCGGCCGAUGAAGGCGAGGAGACUGGCAAAGGGUUUUCGUAUGGAUCGACUGUUCUAGACAACGGUGUUCUCUUCUUAAAGAGGAAAAUAAUGUACCGCCCCAAGCUUUACGAGGACAUGAAAUUCCAAGGCCUCAUCGAUAUGGCGGAUACUCUUGCUGAGGCAGAAGUCCCACACAGAUCCCAUAAUCUGGCUUCACUGAAAGACCUCACCCGGCUGACGAUUUUAUCUGCGCUUUCAACAUUGGAUCACCCGCGAAGCAGUGCUUAUAUAUCCGACGCUUCCAAGAAGAUUCAGAAGAAAGUCAACAAAGCUGCAGAGAAGAAAAAGCAUCGGCUGAAUUUUGCUCUCGUCGCUGUAUUUCAAGUUGUAUUAAGCGCCUGUAGUGUCAAGUCAACUGCCUUGGAUGAUUUGGAUAUCAUUAAAGGAGAUGACCUGGAUGGCCUGACCUCGACUUUCAAAGACUGUAUUCUUUCUCAAUUGAAGGACACUCUUCGCAAGUUUCAGAAGGAGAAUGACAGCAAUUCUCUGCUAGUGCUGAGUAUCAUGGAUGCCCUUUCCACGCUCGGCAUAGCUGAGUCGGGGCUUGCUGGACUCGAAGAUGCCGUAGACGCUGUUGUGGGCUCAGUUGGCAAGACGGAUGAAUGCUUUGGAGAGCGUCUGCAGACUUUCAUGGUGAUACAUGGUCCCAAAGCUGACGGCAAAAUAUCUUCCACUCAAUUGAGCGGGUCUGUCACCGACGUGUACUCUCGAGAAUCAAUCAUUGCUCGGACAGAUGCUGCGAUUGUAGGAUUAGGUAAUGAAGAGAAGCUAGACCUACUCCAAGAGUUGUUGGGAGAAGAUCUGGGAGGCCUUAAACAGCUAGACAAGUUACUAGCUGCGAGACAGAUCAUCAUAUCGAUUGAAGAUACUCGGAAACCAAAGAAAGAGGUUCGGCCUCUGGAUGAUUCUGACGACGAAGAGGAGGAGGAGAGCUUUGAUCUGACAGAAGCAUAUACAAUUCUCGCACUAUAUCUGAGACAAUGUACUGAUGUCGUACAAUUCAAUAUCAUCAGCGAGACCCUAAUGAUGAUGCUCGAAACUAAGCGUCACAAUAUAUCCCAGUACAACAUCGACGCAACACUCGGAAGCAUCACAAUUCUUUGCUCCCCAAAAAGCCCAAAUCUUCACCCUAUUUACAUGCACCUCUGCUGGCUCAUGCAAUCAGUACUGACACACCAACGCCUGAAAUUGAAGGGCCACUCUCAUCUCACCCAACAAACGCUCCAGUCGCUCCUCCGUUGUCUCUUUAAUCCCCUCCCACACAGCAACGCAAAGACCAACAAAUUCGGUCUCCCACCGCCUUGGCUCAUCCCCACCUCUCAUCAAUUGACAGCCGCCCACGCCGAAGCCUUCACCAAACUCGUACUUUCAAUCUGCGACCCCACAGUCUCAGUAGUGCAAGGGAACUCCAACACACUCACGUCCGAGAAAGACAAAGCUAAGCGAAUCUCGGCGCAGUAUAUGAAAUUUGUGCUUCAGGAUUAUGUCCGCGGCCAGCUUGAGAUGAAGAUGCUGCCCGAGGUUAGAGAAAAGAUGAUUCCAGGUCUAUAUGCAAUAUUGAACUGCUUCACGGAGGAGAUUAGGGACGCAGUUAGUGCGGAGCUGGAUUCGAGUGGCAGAGCGGUGUUCAUGAGAUUAUAUGCCGACUGGAGGAAGUUUGAGAAGCCAAGGGGGUAUUGA